AUGCCUCCGACGCGGUCAGGCAGAAGAUCCUCCGCAGAGACGAGGCGCGACGAUGGUCUCACGGACGCCGACUCACGAAUGCGUACAGCCGACCAACUCGCCUACUGGCAACGAAUAUCCGCCGACGACAAUGGCAUGCUAGGCGGCUUCCCACAAGUCUCACGAGUCGAUCUGCGCGUUUCGCGAAACUUUCUCCGCAAAUUAUCCAGAACACCAAACAGCAGCAGCAGCGGUUCUAGAUCUGAAUAUCCCUUUCGGUAUUGUCUGGAACCGGGAGCGGGAAUAGGACGUGUCACCCUCAACCUCCUGGCGCCGUUGUGCGAGAACAUCGACAUUGUCGAACCCAUUGAGAAAUUCACCGCUGUCCUGACUGCUGCAGACUCGCCCCUCGUCAAAUCAGGCCAGUUACGCCGUGUCUACAAUGUGCCUCUACAAGAUUGGACGCCGCACUCGACUCCUUCCUACCAAGCACCUCCAGCCAAGCGUGGACGAUCAUCGGAGCUCAAAAAGUUCCGUUGCCUCAACAAGGACUACAUGCCCGACCUAAAGUCCGAGCUUAUGGUAGACCGACAGAAGGCUACCGCUGUGUAUCUCAUCGAUCAUUGUGCGACCGCUCUUCGUCUUGGUAACGUCGAGCGCGAGGGUGAGGGCGAAGACGAGGCUGAGACAGUAUGCCGUUUAAAGUAUGAGAACAUCACGUUACGAGAUCCCUCUACAGUCAUCUUUGACUUUACCGGCAAUGACGGCGUCCGAGUGCACCAGGGAAUUGACGUCGAUCCACAAGUGUUCAAGAACCUCAAGAUCUUCAAGAAGUCUCCCAAGAGAGACGGCGACGACAUCUUCGAUCGACUUGCCGCGACUGGAGAGGACGACGGACGACCAUCCGGAGGUGACUUUGAAGGAUCUUACGAUCUGAUAUAUAAUCAAUGGUGUCUCAAUCAUUUACCUAUGCCGGACCUGGUUCGCUAUUUCAGCAGUCUGAUCCCGCUCCUGGCGCCCGGUGGCUGGAUCAUUGUGAAAGAGAAUCUAUCCACCGCCGCGGAUGGCGCAGAUCUGUUCGACGAGGAGGACAGUAGCGUCACGAGAAGUGAUAACAAUUGGAGGUUGAGUUUCGAGAAAGCCGGGUUAAGACUGGUCAGGACGGAGCUGCAGACUGGUUUCUUGAAGGAGUGGGGGUUACUACCGGUCAGGAUGUAUGCGUUGAGGCCGGGGGAGGCAUAG